AUGUGUCCUGAGCCGCAAAAGAAAGUUGACUACAUGGAGAAAGAUGGUGAAGCUGUCUUGGUGAAUGAUGAAUUGGACAAAGGUCAAGUGCUAAUCUACGAUAAGUUAUUGGUUACUCAUGACAGCCUGAACCCAUAUAAUAAAAUGUCAUACGAGGAUGUAAGAAUCACGAUACCCAAAAACUUUAUGAGAAGCAGCCAUAGGACCGAAACGAAAAACGAAGGAGACGAGUUAGCAACAAAUCCUGGACAAAACAAUAAAAACCUCGAUGAUCGUGACCAAGGAGGAGAAGAUGAAUUCGUACAGAACACGAAGGUCAAGCACGACAAAGAAGAAGACGGGCAAAGUAAUGAUCAAUACGAAGAGAUAAAGAUAGCAGAGAACUGGCUAAAUAAGGAAAGGGAGAGGAGUAAUAAGACUAAAAUGACAUACCUGAUGAAGAUUCCGUCCAAAGAAAUCUGGAUGAAUAUCCCAAACGAGUAUGCCCAAUCAAUAUCACUGCACCAAUGCCUCAUCGUAAGGCCACCAGGAGAAAAAAAGAAGAAAAAACGCAGAUUAGUACACCGAAAACUAAGGUUUGGACGAUUUUGA